CCUCCUCCUUCCUUGCACUCUCCUACUCGGUCUCCAUCAGUCUUCAUGGUUCUGAUCUCACACCACGCCAUGCAAGCCACCCGGGCGUCCACCACCGUCAGUGUGUUUGCGGACUGCAGCGUACCGGCCGGGCUCCGGAUAGGACCGGUACCGGGCGUCUUCAAAAUCGGAAAGUACGUGUCGGACCGCAGGGAAGUCGGACCCAAGAAGAAGAUCCGCUUAGUGCGGGGGGAAUUCGUGGAUGAGUCAGGCUGUCCCGUGCCAGACUGGAUCGGACUGAUCCGCGCCGCCAGGAACAGCCAAGAGCAAAACCUGGAGGCCGUGUCGGACUUACCUGGCGGACAGAUUUUCUACCGCGUGCUGAGAGAAAUCCCGGCAGGAGAGGAGCUCAGUGUUUGGUACUCCAACGCUCUGGCCCAGUGGUACGACAUCCCCACCACGGCCACUCCCACGCACGACGAGAAAGGUGAGGAGCGCUACAUCUGCUGGUACUGCUGGAGAAUAUUCAAGUACCCGAACACGCUCAAGGCCCACGUCCACUUCCACUGCGCCCUGAGCAACGGGCGAGGGUUUGUGACCAGCGAGCAGGCCAGAGGGACGGAGACCUUCAGCAGGUCGCCGAAGUCUGGAGACAUCCCCAACACUUCGACCUCUCCGAGGAGCGGCCGCAGUAACUCCUCCAUCUCAGACUCUGGCAGGCGGGCGGUGUCCUCCUCGCCUUUCCCGCACAAAGCGGGACUGUCAAAGAAAAGCAGCUCAGAGGAGCAAGACAGGGCCCUCGACAUGAGCGUUACCUCAGCCAGAAACCAAGGACACAUCCUCGGCUUCGGUGCCACAUCCUCAGUGCUGAGCAGCAUGGGCUUCCACCCGGGUGUGCGCUCGGCCUUCAAACCCACCGGUGUCGCCAAAGUCCCGGGCGCAGACGCCUCCAGAGAGGACACGAACGGGAAGCUGGGCGGCCUGGGAUUCAGCAAACUCAUCGGGAACAUGAAACCGAUCCGCAACGUGGGCGAGGCUCUGAACGGAGGAGGGAGCCACCCUCCCAAGUGCACACCUGCAAUCAUGGACUCCGCAUCUCCAAUGGUGCCAUGCACAAACGCAAUCCGAGGAUUCCCGUUGCUGCCUCACAUGGAGGAGACCUCGGCUUUUAAGCACGUAGAUAGUCGGUUGCACUCCGGCCUGUCCCCAUCCCGCUACCCCCAGAUGCCCCCCGGACUUCACUUUGAGCGGUUCUCCCUCCCUCACUUCGACGGUGUCAAGACGUAUGGCGGAGACUGUAACAUCCCACUUAUGCCCCUCACGGUCUAUAACGGGGAGCUUCUGUACAGCUCGCCUUACUACCCGCUGAAAUUCCACUUCGGCAACCUCCUCAAGUACCCGGAGUCCAUGUCCUACUUUGGCGCGCCCUCGCUCAACCACGACCUGGGCUCAAUCACCAACAUCGACCGGGAGAUCGCCAUGCACACGCAGCAGCUGUCCGAGAUCUCCGCAGAGAAGAACCGGACGAGGCUGGACACGAUGCCCACCGGGAGCGCCAGCAACGCUGGCUCUGGCAAACCGAAAAAGGGACACCUGUGUCUAUACUGCGGCAAGCUGUACUCGAGGAAGUACGGGCUGAAAAUCCAUAUGAGGACUCACACGGGUUACAAGCCGCUCAAGUGCAAAGUGUGCUUCCGACCGUUUGGCGACCCCAGCAACCUGAACAAACACAUCCGGCUCCACGCGGAGGGGAACACGCCAUACAGGUGCGAGUUCUGCGGCAAAGUGCUUGUGCGGAGGCGGGACCUGGAGAGGCACGUCAAGUCCAGGCACCCCGGGCAGACCGUCAAGAAAUUGGACGAGAAAGCGGGCGGCCUGUUCGAGGACGCGGAGCAAAAGAGUGACAAUGACAGUGACGUGGACGUGUGCUUCACCGACGACCAGAGCGACCAAGAGUCAAGCAAAAAUACCGACUGAGAUGCGUCGGUGCCCACAGAGACUGCUCAUUGACUUUAAAUUAUGUACACGAGAAAAAAAAUGUCAUUUAGUUCUGUGUUGAAUCUUGAUUUUUUUUUUACAUUUGAGACACUGACCCAUCUGAACUAUGGCACCAACUUUUCUAAACUUAAUGAUAAUUCGCAGUUGAAUUAUUACUUUUUGACUUUGAGGGAGUACUGUUUUUGUUUGGCGGUUUGUUUCGUCAAAAAAAAAAAUGUUUUCCAUAUAUUUAAUUGUUAGUCGCAGUUAAAAUGUUCUUUGUCUCGCUCGUGGAUACUGCAACAAUGUUCCCCGGCUGUGCCAAAUAACCUGUGGCCUUUGGGUUUUGGCACGCUCUCCUAACCAUGCUGGUGCGGCAGACAAUUGCGCUCGUUUCAAAUGCAAAAAAAAAAUCUGAAUUGGUAUCAUUUUUUGUUUUUUAUGCAAAUGGUGAAAUCUGUCUUCAUCUGCUGCGUCUCAAAAUACUGACAAUUCUACAAAACCAUCAAAACAACUGCACACAAAACGAGAACAAUGAUCCAACAUCACUAAGAGACAUUUUCAGAAAAACAAACAGUCAAGGCUGAAUAUGAGACUUAAUUACCUGAGAUAUAUAUUUUUAGUAGUGUAAAAAAAAGGUAACGGUUGUUUUUUUAAUGUCUCUCCCUGAGGAAGGAUCUAUGACUGAAGGCCUUAUCCAAAAAAAGAGCACUACAUUCCAUCACACUGGAUAUGGCAUUCUAGUAAAUUAUGAGCUGCAAAAGAAUAUGAUUCUUUUUUUUUAUUAUUAUUAUUAUUUUACUUUGCUUUUAUUGUGAGAAAAAAAUGGCAUCAUUCCCACAUUCCCUUCUAAACUGUCAGUUGCACUUUAAAAACAGCAAUGGGCAUUUUCAUUUCAACAGGACGGAUUAUUAUAAACGAAUUUAUGUUCAGGACUUCAUUAGAGAUCUCGGAUUCCCUGCGCCUCGCUGAGUAACACACUGUACUUAAAUUUGCACUUUCUUGCAGAGGUCACGCUGUUCUUAAAGAAGCAGCCACAGCAGCACCCAGUUUAUUUAAGGAGUUAUUUCUAGAGAGAGAAAAUUGUAUUGAUUGCAAUUAUAGCCUGUAAAGAAGUGUAAAGUAUGAUAUUUCACAUUUCAGUGGAGAAGUGUUGUAUACGUUUGUUUAUAAGUGAUAUUGUCUAUGAGCACAAUAUUUUACUCCCGCCCAUUAAGUCGUUGGUUUUUGAAU